CUUUGGCAUAUGUCUUGUAUAUCAUUGUAUCGCGCCCUCCUACCAGUCUCCCACCUCUUCGCACCUUCCCCAGGAACUUGUCAAUCUGUUAUUUCGGCUGUUAGCGAGUUCACCCCGGCCCUUGCCAGUAUAUUCAUGCGUUGAAAUCCACUGUCUUGUCCUCAAUGUCCAAACAAUGCCAUGGGCUAAAGUGACGAUCCCUCCGCAUCAUUCUCAGCAGGAUUCCGACAACAUGCCUCACAGGAUGGAGAAGGGAACCCAGAAUCAAGCUAAGCCUCCAGGUCCGCCACCUGGUGGACCACCUGGCCCUCCAGGAGGGUGGCUUUGUCAGCGGAUGUCAAGGUCGCAGGAGAUCCUUUUCAACAUCAUGGUGGCAUUUCUCCAAUUGAUACCACAAUCGACCUUGACCACCGUCUUUCCCGUCAGCAGGGAUAUUGCAAAGUCGUUCGCAAUAGCCAAUCCAUCAGUCCUGCCAUGGCUCGUCGCCGCCUACGCGUCAUCUUUUGGCACUUUUAUUCUGGUGGGAGGAAGACUGGGAGACAUCUUCGGGCACAAGACCAUGGUGUUGAUCGGAUAUUCGUUCCUUGGCUUUUGGAGUGUCGUUGUGGGUCUGAGUCACUAUGCUGGUUAUGAAGUGUUCUUCAUUGCCAGAGCCUUCCAAGGUAUCGGUUCCAGUCUGAUGGUUCCGAACGGACUGGCGCUCUUAGGACGAACUUAUCCACCCGGCUCGAAACAGAAGGUUGUUUCCUUUACGAUCUUCGGACUUUGUGCGCCUGUUGGUGCUUACUUAGGCAUGAUUUUUGGUGCCCUCUUCACAAAGUUCGCGACAUGGCAUUGGAGCUUCUAUACUCUAGCCAUCGUAUGUGGUCUCUUGGCCAUCUCUGCAAAAAUGGUGCUGAUCUCACCUCCACCGACUCCAAAACAAAUGCGACCAGCCAAAGACAAACUUCGAGACAUGGACUGGCUUGGUGCACUGACAGGUGUUGGCGGGCUGAUUUGUGUUCAAGUUUCCCUUGUCUCUGCCCCUGCCGCGGGGUGGAGUACUCAGUACAUCUUCAUGCUUUUGAUCAUUGGCGUUCUGCUCAUUGCCUUCUUCAUCAUCACGGAGUUGAAGAUUGCAGAGCAGCCACUUGUGCCGUUCAAAAUGCUGAAAGCAGAAGUCGGCUUUGUCUUGGGAGCUGUCGCUUGUGGCUGGGCAACUUUCGGCAUCUGGACCUGGUUCUUGUGGAAGUACCUACUGGGUAUCAAGCAUGACAGUCCGCUGGGUGCCGCCGUUCGUGUCGUGCCUAUUGUCCCCGUCGCAUUGGUCGCUUCGAUAUUGACCGCUUGGAUGAUGCGAAAGUGUCGACCUUCGUGGACUCUAUUCUGGGCUCUGGUCGCAUUUACCAUGGGACCCCUCCUCCUGGCCAUUGAUGCAAACGUUGACCGAACUUCAUACUGGAGCUGGACAUUCUCCUCGCUGCUGAUCAUGCCACUUGGCAUGGAUAUGAGUAUGCCAGCAGCCACAUUCAUCAUGUCCAACUUUUUCCCUCCUCAACAGCAGGGUAUCGCUGGAAGCCUGAUCAGCACUACCAUCAACUAUUCCAUAUCUCUUGGUCUCGGACUUGCGUCGACUGUUGAGGUCCACGUCAACAAUCAUGGUCGUGAUCCAAUGGCCGGCAUUCGAGGUGGAUGGUUCAUGGGUGUGGGACUUGGUGGAUUGGGUGUCCUUAUCUGUGUUGCCUUUGUUGUUAGAUCCAUCUUCUAUCCUGCGCCGCAGCUGCCGAAAGGUCCCCCUGGUCCUCCACCUACGGCAGGAGGCCCACCCAUGCAUAUGACACCUCAAACAUCACCAACCCGAGGCACACGCACCAACACCGUCUCAAGUCUUGCAACAACAAUGGUGGCGGAAAGCGUUAGUGCUCUAAGCCCGAAACACCCCGAUCUCGAAGCAUUCAAGUCGUUCAACUUCGGCACGCCUACAGUGAGGUCUCCUAAAACACCAGCCCAAGUAUCACCACGGACGACAACAGAUACCAACCAGUCUUCUCCGUCCUGGCCGGGACACGGUUCCUAUCCAGCCAGAUCAUCGUCAAAGCCAAAGAACACGCCUGAGAAGAAUGCCCACCAACACAGCGACAGCACGACACCUCUGCGCUCCCGAGCAAACUCUCAGACUGAUCUAGCUGGUCAUCCUGCUCAAACCCCAACGUCCCCUCUUUCACAUACGAUACCCUUACCUACCGAGUUAGAAGCCGCUUAUCGCGGGCGUGGAAGUUGGGAGAGCGAAGACGACGGACGUGACCGCGAGGAAUUCUGGGCCUCGAAAAGCCAGACCCCACCUUCGUGGCAGUUCCACGCUCAUGCUCAAAGCUUCCCGUCGCACGGGAAGGAUGUUGACGGUUUCGACGUGAACAAUCGGCCUGUGAUGCUGAGGACCAUGAGGGGCGACGAGUCUCGAUGUACUACAUUGUGCGGACUUGACCAAUAUAUCGCCGAUCGAGGCAUUCCCAUAUGAAUGCAUGCGGACUUCGCUCACCACUUCCUUUAUACGGUAGUGGUAGCGGUCCUGUACGAAUGGAAGGACGGGAUAUGGCUCGGCAGUAUGGUCUCCAUAUUCGAUGAUACCCUUUAUGAUUUUUCCUCUUUGACGACUUUUUUUGUACAAACAAUCGAUGGACGGACGGCGCUUUGGGUGCGUGAUGGAUGAAUGGAUCGAUCAACAACAACUAGGGCCUGAUCUGGGAACGGUUUGCAGCACCCCCGGGAUGAUUGACCCGGAUAUUGGGAUUUGGAAUUGAUAUGGGAGGGAGGAGAAUACUGGAGUUUGUUGGUUGAUGAACGGGCCCGAAAUCCAGAACAACAGAAAUUACCCAGGUAGAGACCAAUGUCUAAUGUUAUUCACGAC